AUGUCAACCGGUGAGAAAGAUGGAAGAAGGGUAUACGACAAGAAGAAUAGCUGCUAUUAUUGCGAAAAGGAAUUUGGCAAGCUUGGUCAACAUCUCUUCCAAGUUCAUAAAAACGAAAAAGAAGUGGACAAAAUCAUCGCCCUCUAUAAAAAUGACAGAAUGCGCCAGUUGGAAAUGGAUAAAUUAUGUCGCUUGGGUAAUUUUAACCACAAUUUGAUGAAGGCGAACUGAAGGUAAUGCAGAGACCUGCAUACAACAAAGAUAAAGACCCUUUUAAUUACUUGCCAUGUCAGUUGUGCCACAGUUUCUUCCAGAAGAACGACCUAUACCAACACUGUCCAAAAUGUCCUUUUGCUCAAGAUAGAAGUCGGAUGGUUAGGUCAAAGAAACUGCAACAUGCAGGAAGAUUGCUGUUGGCAGCAAAUAAAAUUCCAACAGGUGCUAGUCAACAAUUGUAUAACAUGUUAUCCAUAAUGGCAAUGGAUGAUGUCAGCGCCGUAGUCAAAACUGAUGAAACAAUUCUGAGGGUUGGUUCCACAUUGAUAGAAAGUUGUGGCAAUGAAAAAGCUGUGGAAGUCUUGCAACAAAUGCGUACUCUUGCCCGUUUGCUCAUAAAAGUUAGAGAGCUAUGUUCAGUGCCAACUUUAUCCCUUGAGAAGAGCUUGACGUCGACCCAAUUUGACAAUCAUCUUCGCCAGCGCAAGAUAUCUCGGUGGAUACACAGGUGCACCUAACACCCGUGCCGAUCGUUUAAAAUCCCCAUCGACAGCUGCCAAAUGUGGUUAUGCCUUAAAGAAAGCAGCAUUUGUAGAAAAAGGACAAGCCUUGCAUGUGUAAACACCCCAACAACUAAACAGUCGGGCCCUGCAAAAUUUGUCCUUUAAGAAACACAAUUAACAAGCCACAACUUCUGCCAAUAACAAACAACCUUCUGGCCCUGCGAACUUUCCUCAACGAGCAAAUUUUGGAAAAUUCAACUUUAGCAAGAUUGAUCAUAUUCAAUAAACGCAGAGGUACCCAACCUUUUUAUGUUAAUGUUCUGCAAGAAUAUUGUUCAAUGUCACAAAUCACAUGAAAUUUGAUUCAUUGCAGAAUUUAUCUUCACUAAAUUAUUUUUAAAAUAUAUUAAAUGAAAAAUCUUUAUUAACAGGUGGCGAAGCUUCUCGAAUGAAGGGGCGGCCUUUGUGGGAAAAUGUUUACAAUGAAGAAAUUGUUUCUGCCCUUUCAGCCACUGAAAAAGAACUCUGCAGGUGAUAGGUGAAGUGUAGCGAUAACUUUAAAGAAUUAAACUAAAUUAAAUUAUAGGUAUAUACGUAUAUUCGUUCUGUUCGACUGCAUAUAAUUCAAACAGAAACAGGAGAAAUAUUUCACUUGCAAACCAAUUUUUUUAAAAUACAGCUGAUUCAGUUAAGUCUAGUUUAGGUAACGCCUACUUGCUUGAAAAGCUUUAAAUAAUGCAAAACAGGGCCGCUAGAGUCAUCACUCAUGGUAGCCAAUGAUAGAAAGGAAAGAAAACAAGGCAAUAUAUUAGUGCAUAAAGUUACAAAAGGUGAAUAUUUAGGAAAGAUCACAAAUAUGUUCAAAGAGAAGAAUAACGAAUGUUACAAUUUUUUGGACAAUUUUCCUUAAAAUCGCUUAUUCGGGUGCAAAAAUCUGGGACAAAUUACCCACUGAACUUAAAUGUAGUGAUGUAUCAGCACCAAUAUUUAAAAGUUUGCUUCAAAGCAGAUCGUAUAUCAAUUGUAAUCAUUACCUUGUAUACAUUAUAUAAAUAUUCAAAUCAAAUCAAAUAAUAAUAUAUUCAAGAUACAGUGAUAUAACUUAUUGUGAUACCACAUGCAACACAAGUUUGGUCUUCAAAUCAUCACAGUCAACUCAACAGAAGAAUUGAAAGAGUUCAAAGGAGAGCGACAAAAUGGAUGUUAAGAAUAAAGACUGGUGAAAUACCUUACAAACAACAAUUAAUGACAUUGAAACUCUUGCCUCUCACAUACGACAGAGAAAUCAAAGAUCUUGUGUUCUUCUACAAGACGCUGUAUGGCCACAUCGACCUUAAAAUGGACAGUUAUGUUUCAUUCAUUGAACAUAGAUGCACCAGACACAGUCAAGCUGCUGGUGUUGUGCUUCAAACACCCUUGUGUAGAACAACGACCUUUCAAUCAUCAUACUACAACUGGAUAAUUAAACCAUGGAACUGUAUAUGUAAAGACGUUCAUCCAGAUACAUUCUCCAGUUCGAUCUCCUUUAAAAAUUAUCUUAAACGUAAAUAUACCGAACUUGUUAAGUCAGUUUAUGAUGUAGAGUUAUCUUGUACGUGGUCACUGGUACAGGACUGUCCUUGCCACAGGAAAUAGUUAAGUCAGUUUGUCGUGUUUGUAUAUUUGUCUGUCUCUGUCUGUAAUAUGUUUCUGUCUGUCAUGUAAAGGCUAGUCUCCAUUCGGGAGGGUCUUCAGGAUCGGGGUGGACAGGAAAGUUUUCAGUUUGUUUUGCGAGAUUUCCUUUGGAACCUCUGCUUUGGAACUAAAUCAAUUUAAUCAACACAAAUGACGUGGACGUUGUGAAUUUAACACAAUGAAAGCUCUCCCGCCGUUUCUGUUCAGCAGGGGAUUUUCCUGUGUGGAAACUGGCCUUUACCUUUACAUGCAUGUUUAAUCUGUCUCUUAGUUUACUCGACAUGUUCAGUUUCAGGAAAUAGAGCCACGUUUACUCAAACUCUCUGAAGCAGUGACUAUUUUGAAUUUCGAGUCAACUAUUCAGUUUAACUUUUUGCUUGCCGGAAUCCUUUAGCGAGUUUGAGUUCGCGAUGUUCUAUUAGUUAUCAUGAUUACUAUUUUGGAGGUGGGUGGAGUCCCGUUCGUACCCUACCUUUUUGGAUCUACAUUUGAUAUCUAGGUUAUUUUAACUUAAUGUAAUAUUUGUUCUGUUAUAUUCUUUUGUUUGUUCAAAAUUGUGAAUAUCGAUCCAAAUAAAAUUUGUUAAAUUAAAUUAAAAUCAGUGGCGUAGCCAGAACGAUAAUUGGGGGGGGGGCAUAUUCAUAUAUUCGUGCUCACAUACCAUAAAAACAAUUUAUUUCAAAAGAAAUUAAUAAAGCAGAACACAAAUAUAUGAAUAUGGGCCCCCCAAUUAUCGUUCUGGCUACGCCACUGAUUAAAAUUAAACAACGUUCCUGCAGGAGAACCGUGAGGUUGACUGUAUUGGAGUAGUUCCCCUUACCUACACUUAGACUAAGUCUAUGUUAAAAUAAUAUUUAUCAUAAUAUUUAUCAUAAUAUUUAUCAUUAAAAUAUUUAUCAAACAUUAGUUCCUAAGAGUACAUGUCCAUAUGCUCUUUCAAUCUACUUUUAAAAAGUGAAAGCCUAUAACAGCCUCCGCAACAGGCGCUGAUAAAGCAUUCAACAAAUUAAUAAUUCUGACAAAAAAGAAUGUCGAAGAUCAGCACACCAUUUUUACAUUGGUACUACCCAUACUGGCACAGACAGUUUUGGUAUAUUUAUCCAAAGUUUGCAUCUUGUAUGAAACUUGUUGCCAUUUUCAUCUUCAUUAAUAUCAAGAAUUUUUGAAAUUUUAUGGAAUAAAAGGUCAAGCUCUUGACUUAUUAAAAUCAUAUCUUUCAAAUCGACACCAAAAGUGUCAAGUAGAAACUUUUGUUUCAUCAGAACACUUGAUUAAAUGUGGUGUGCCACAAGGUUUUAUUUUGGGACCAUUGCUGUUCUUGUUGUACAUCGAUGACUUACCCAAGUGUCUUAAAAUACAAGACCUCUGCUAUUCGCUGAUGAUACAAACCUCAUAGCCUCUAGUCACUCCAUAGCUGACAUUGAGAUUGCAGUAAAUUCUGAUCUAGAAAACCUUACAAACUGGUUAAUAGCCAAUAAAAUUAGCUUGAAUGUGGCUAAAACAGAAUUUAUAUGGAUUGGCUCUGCACAAAUGAUAAGAAAUGCUUCAAAUUCUCAACCAAAUAUUUUAAUUGAAAACAAACAAAUCCAGCGAGUUAAUAAAUCCAGAACUCUGGGAACAACAAUUGAUCAGCAUUUAUCUUGGAUGUCUAAUACCGAAAAUAUUUGAAAAAAAAAAAUAACAUCAGGAAUCUCAGCUCUACGUCGUGUCAAACAUUAAACCAAAUUAUGAACAAACAUGAGAAGAAUAGAAGUUUACCGAAAGAAUUUACUGCAAAUAAUUCAGAAGGAAAGAUUAGUGAUCCACAAACAAUAGCAAACAAGUUCAAUGAAUAUUUUGUGAAUGUUGGACCAAACAUAGCCAAAAACUCCAAAAAAGUGACAGAACUUAUAAUCAAUAUCUAACUGGUAGUUAUGAAGAUAGCUUUUUUCUCGAGCCCAUAACUAAAUACGAAUCAGAAACUUAAAUCCCAAAAGAGUCCUGGGUAUGAUGGCUUAAGUGUAAAAGUUAUCAGGAAUGUUACUAAUGUAAUUUCAGAACCUCUUUCAUAUAUUUUCAAUUUAACUUUUAUUAGUGGAAAUAUUCCUGAUAACUUAAAAACAGCAUUAAUCACACCAGUUUUCAAACCAAAUGAAAACAAUGAAUUUAAAAAUUAUCGACCCAUAUCUGUUCUCACUUGUUUUUCAAAAUUAUUAGAAAUGCUUCUUACAGAUUCUAAAACUGGUGGAUGAUGACACCAUUUUAUCAAUGACCGAUGUCAACAGUUACUUGAAGGCGAAUUUUUUACCAUUUAUUAUAUCUAUGUACACUGGAGCAACAAAGCCUCUUACAUCCUUUAACGACUUUUUCAAAUUGCUUGUUCAAGCCAUUGCUAAGUCAGAGUUAAAAAAAGACAAGGUGUGUCAUUUUUUUGGGUACAUUUCAUAAAGUAAAAUUUGCAGAACCGUGUAACACAUAUAUCGCUCCGAGAUACAAAAUGUUUAGGGAUGGCAAAUGACUCUUCCAGAGGCGAGUAGCUGCUUCAUGGAACUUGAAACUAACUUUUAAAUGUUAAUUAUAUCAUUUUAGCUGUCAAGAUGGUUCAAACUAUUACUAAAGGGAAAGAAGAGAGAAUAGAUUACUUGGCGUUCGUUCUACCGACGGCGAUCGACCUAAUAGGACGAGCUGGUUUCGACAGGCCUAAUUGGAUAAAUGUGCGAGAUCUGGCACGAUCUUUAUAACAUACGGAUGUCAACCACAAAUGCUCUUUUGCUAGAAUGGACGGAAAAAAGUCAUGCAUAAAGGUCCCAAGAAGAAUUCUUCCAAAAGAAUGCAGUGAUGAAAUUGACAAAUGUACAAAGUGCAUACAUUUUAAAAAGGUUUUCGAUGAUUGACUAGUCAGAGGAGGUAUCAAAGAACACAAUAAGAAUACACCCUUUCGAUAAAUUACUUUAUUAUUAACUUUUUUGGCAUAGAAGCUCAAUCUCAACAAAGAUGUUAAGGCAAUUGACUCACAAAUUAUUAGAACAAGGUUUCCAAAAAGUGUUUAAUAUAAAGCAAUUAUCGAAAGGGUAUAUAAUUUUGAAGAAUAAAUAUUGCCUGUUUAUACAGUCUCUCCAUGUCAUAUUAUGUUCAGGCUCUCAGCUCUUUUUAUUCACACGAAUUUCAACUGAAAUUUUCAACUUCAUGUACAUACUUUAAACGUCCUGUACAUACUUUUGCGCGUGUUUCCACAGGAGGGACUUGAAUCUACCUAACUAGCUACCCAGGCGCAGAUGGCCAAUAUGACUUAUAAUAAUCUUUUUGCAUCAUGUAUGUUACACAUUAUUCAUUGACUAGUAGAAAUAUUAUAUGCGUGCUUUUGUAGUAUCUGAAUUGAAAAAUGACGAAGACAGAGAAAGUAAUGCCGACUUGAUUGAAGGAAGUUUAGAUGGUAACGAUGACCACUGUGGCAAUUGUUUGGACAACAUGAACAAGAUGGAAGAGCGAUUUGAUGCCCAGAUACAAGAGCUUGAGGAAAUGCAUGAUCAACAACUUUGA